UACGACGAAGCUGGAGGCAACGGCGAAAAAUUCGGUAUUACGAGUGGGGAAGUCCAUCGGUGGAGAUGGAGAAGCUUUUCUCCCUAUUUUCAACCUCCGCCGGCAGCGCCGGCGGAAGUUCGUCGGCGCCGGCGGCGACGGUGUCCGACAUCUUUGUAUAUCCGAUCAAAUCUUGUCGAGGAAUCUCCGUUCCUGAGGCUCCCAUCACCUCCACUGGUUUUAGGUGGGAUCGCCAGUGGAUGGUUGUCAAUUCAAAUGGGCGAGCAUUCACUCAAAGGGUGGAGCCAAAGCUAGCUUUAGUUGAGCCAGAGCUUCCACCAGGUGCCUUUGAUUUCAAUUGGAAAUCUUCAGAUAGCUCAUAUAUGGUAUUAAGGGCCCCCGACAUGGACCCAUUAAAGGUUUGUCUUAAUAGAGAGUGCAAUGUGGUAGAUGGAAUAUCUGUGUGGGAGUGGUCAGGUACUGCAUUUGAUGAAGGAGAUGAAGCUUCUGAAUGGUUUACGAAGUAUCUCGGAAAACCAAGCCGUUUAGUGCGUUUCAAUACCCCUUCAGAAAGCAGAUUUGUAGAUCCAGAUUAUGCUCAGGGAUACACAGCCAUGUUUAGUGAUGGGUAUCCAUAUUUGGUUAUAUCGCAGGGAUCUCUAGACUUCUUAAAUGAGCUUCUGAAAGAGCCCUUACCCAUUAAUCGCUUCAGGCCAAAUAUUUUGGUUGAUGGAUGUGCACCAUUUUCAGAGGACCUCUGGAAAGUGACAAAGUUAAAUAAUAUUGCAUUUCAUGGAGUGAAGUUGUGUGCCCGCUGCAAGGUGCCUACCAUCAAUCAGGAAUCUGGAACGGGUGGCACUGAGCCCACUGAGACUCUAAUGAAGUUCAGGACAGACAAAGCUCUGAAAAGGGGAAAGAUAAACAAAGCAAAGGUGUAUUUCGGAAUGAACUUUGUGUGCGCGGAAAGCCUGUCGGCGGCAACUUUGAAGGAGAAGGUUGUGAAGAUUGGAGAUCCCAUUCAUGUGCUUCAAAGCUACGCUUCCCCUGCUGAUGCUGCAGCUUGAAGCUUCAUAAGGUGCUUCGCCUCCACGAUCCUCCUGCUCCAUUAAAGUUGUAUCUGCUUGGUUUAGGGAUUUUGUGGAAAGAAUAUAUUUUUAUUAUCUUGCGUAAAGAUGUAAUGUUACUUAUUUACCCUUUGCUUCUAUUUACAAAGUUGCCACUCCUGUAUGUAUAUAUAUAAGGGAGUUGUUUACUUUGUUAUGUAGUGAACAGAAAGGAUGAAUAAACAUAAUUAAGUUCGUGCCACUUGUCUUUCUUCAGGCUA